AUGUGGUGCCCAUCUCUGCCACAGCGUGAAGUCAGGGUCGCUGGCAAACGCCGCCGCCUUGAUGACUUGGCAGCGGUGUUUCCCGACCCGGAUGAGCUCAUGGAUGACGCUCACGUGGAUACAGGCCCAAUACUGGGUCGCGGUGACGACAUGCACGGCAGGGAUUUCGUGGUUGCAGAUAGGGAUACGGCUCGAUCGACUCGAUGGGGGCCUCGUCACCUUGCAGUGGGCGCAGCAUCCAUCACUACGCCGCCGACUGGUGUGCGUGCAACCCCGGCUCCGGCAGUGCGACGACCUCUGACUCCCGCUGCAUCCGGCACUCGUGCCACGCGGUGGGGGCCACGUCACUGCGCGAUCGGGGCCGCGGCGGUUGCCCACCUUGUCACUGGCGAAACGACUGUUCCGGCGCCCACUGCUCGGGACCCACUGCCAGCAGCGCCUCGACGAGCAACGACACGUUGGGGACCUCGCGUUGUGGUGACGGUGCCUUCAACAAGGCGCCGAACCUACUUACGACGGACUUCCUCAUCCGUUGUCAGGGCGACUGCUGCGGAAGAUGCUCCUGCCCCUGCCUCUACGGCCCCGCCGCCUACACCUGCACCGCGUCCCGCCGGUCCCUCCCUGUCAGUGGCAGCAACGGCUGGUGUCGCCGAGGCAGAGCCAUGGCUUCUACGUUUCGAUGGUGCAUGCCGACGGAACCCUGGCCAAGGCGGCGCUGGUGCGGCUCUCUUUGACUCGAGUGGCACCGUGGUGUGGACCUGCUCACACUUUCUCCCCGCCAGCGGUGAAACGAAUAACACUGCUGAGUACACAGCUCUACUGGUGGGGGUCCAGAGCGCAGUCCACCAUGGUGCCACGCGAUUGCUCGUCGAAGGUGAUAGCAACCUGGUGCUGGCUCAGGUGCGCGGUUCGUUCGGCUGCCACAACCGACGGCUCAGGCGCUUGCGAGGUCAAGUGCGAACGGAGUUGGCACGACUUGACUGGCACCAACUUCGGCAUAUCGACAGGCAAGCCAAUGCCCACGCCGACCGUCUUGCUAACCGUGCACUUGACCUCCGACGCACCGCCGUCGAGUGUGGACCUCAUUCUAGCGUCAUGGAUUGCUGCUUUAUCCUGACUUCCUCUCCGCCGGAUGCUACACCGGUAGAGCCGGGAACUUCUGCUGAUGGCUCUGGUGUCGAGGACAUGAUGAUGGACACAGUCAGUCUUGGCAUUGAGGCCGAUAUUGCUGCUCGUGAUGGAGGUGAGGUCUUUCCAACCUUGCCUAUUGGCCCAGACUCAUCUCCCGAGCGGCAACCUCGGCUUCGAUUGCGUCCGUUGACCGAGGCGGAACAUGAUACGGCUGCAGCUGCAGUGCAGCGAUUUGCCGAGGUCAUGGCUUGCAAGAUUGUGGACGCAGACAGUUGGAUUACAGGGGAAGGCUACAUCUCUGCUAUUCCUGACCGCCUUCGUGAAGCCCUUCUGCCGUACACCAUCGUCUCGGCUAGCUCUGACAGGCCUCGAGCUACUCCGCCUCGCCAGCGACAACGUCGACCUCCACGUGUGACGCACACGCACCGAGAGCAUCGUCUCGAUGAGGCACUGGACGACAUGCAGACGACUCAGCGCGCAAACCCGGGUGAUCGCCAAGCGGUGCAGAAGGCUCGCCGUCGUGUUGGAAGGAUCCGUGCAUCGAUGGCGCAGCUGGCCUUGCGUCGAGCUUUCACCACGGACGAAGCCACGUGUGUGGCCAAGAUUUUGGACGGUGCCUCGGCGGAGACCGCGGGUGUCGAGCAUCCAGACACCUGCCCCAUCGGCAGGGAGGAGCUCCACCGUCAUUUUGUGGGCACGAGCACGGCCCCAGCUCCCUUCAACUACGAUGCUGCUGUCGGUAGUGAGUUUAGGGCCGUGCUCCAUGAUUUCUCGAUGGACACGUUGGGUGGCGAUUGUUUCGACGGCGAUAUUUCGAUCGACGAAGUGGAGGACCAGCUACUGCGGGCUGCCAAGGCAUCCAGCCCCGGGCACGAUGGGGUUGGCUAUGAUGUCUAUCGCCGGUUUGCCCCGCAGUUGGUGCCCCUUUUGCAUGCCGCGUACCAGUUCUGUUGGCUGCAUCGGAUGGUGCCUUCGCUGUGGAAGGUGGGCGUCGUUCGCCUGAUCCACAAGAAGGGUGACCCGAUGCAGCCGACUAACUGGCGACCAAUAUGCCUGCAGCCCGCUAUCUACAAACUCUACAGCGGGCUGCUGGCACGUCGGCUAUCGCGCUGGUUGGAAUUGAACAACCGGUUGCCGAUGGCGCAGAAGGGGUUUCGGGCUUUCAACGGUUGUCACGAGCACAACUUCGUGGCAACUACCAUGUUGGACCAGUCCCGACGGUCGCACCGGAAGUUGUACCAAGUGUGGUACGACUUACGCAACGCCUUUGGUUCGCUACCACAGGCACUCAUGUGGCAGGUGCUCCGCCGCCUUGGCGUCGAGCCCCGGUUUAUCAGCCGAUGCCAGGACAUUUACGAUGGUUCCGCCUUUGUGGUGGCGAAUGCAAAAGACGGUGCGACUGACCCAGUGAGGCAGGAAGUGGGGGUCUACCAGGGAUGUCCCUUGAGCCCACUCUUGUUUAUCGCUGCACUGGUACCUCUCGUACGCCGCUUGGAACAGCUGGAGGAUGUCGGUGUGCCGCUGGCGGAUGGUGUACGGCCGUGCACCACCGCCUAUGCUGACGACAUCAAGGUGUUCAGCAACAGCGCCACCGGUAUCCAACGCUGUCAUGGCGUGGUAGCGCGCUUCCUCGCUUGGACUGGGUUGCGUGCGAAUCCGGCCAAGUGUGCUAGCCUCGCGGUUACCACCAAUGCCCGCGGCAACCUGGCUCUUGACGAUAGCGUCCGCUUGGAGCUUCAUGGUGAUGUCAUCGCCUCACUCACCCUUAACGAGAGUUACCGGUACUUGGGGGUGGGCGAUGGCUUCGACCAUGUGCAGCACCGCCUCCAGCUGGAGCCCAAACUCCAACAGAUCAAGCGGGAGGCGGUAGCGCUGAUGCAGUCUGGCCUAGCGGUGUGGCAGGUGGUGAAGGCGUUGAAGACAUACGUAUACCCGAAAGUGGAAUACGCCCUUCGCCACCUGCGCCCGCUCCAUUCACAGCUUCAAGGCUUUGACUGCGCCGUGAAGCGUGGGUUGCGGCAUCUGUUACGCCUGCCACAGUCCGCCACCACCGAGUUCUUCUACACACCCACUUCUGGUGGUGGGCUGGGCCUGCAGUCGCUGGUGGAGAUGCACCAAGCGCUGCAGGUGGCACACGCGUGGCAGAUGUUGCAUUCGAAGGACCCCGCUAUCGUGGCGGUGGCACAGGCACAGGUGUGUCAGGUGGUGCGCAAGCGCUACCGGCUUGUUGAAGACCACUGGGUGGGUCGAGACGACGAGCUCAUCCGGUUAUUUUUGAACUCGGAGCUUGCGUCGUCUCCCCAUGCCACCGCCAAUCGACGUUCGGGUGAUAUCGCUUCGUUGUGGGUGGACGUACAGCGAGUGUUAUGCGUCCACCAACUCAAGUUCUCUGAUACCACUGCAGAGUCUGGACAAGACCGUCUCGCACUUCGCGUGCCGCACCAUGACAAGUGGCUUGACCACAAGACUGUGUUGCGGCACGUGAAGUUGCACAUGAAGAUUCGCCACCAGACUCGGUGGAAGAGUCUGGUGGAUCAAGGCAAGACGGCCCGGGUACACGGUGGACCAGGGUCCAAGUUUGUGAUGUCGGGAGCGAGCCUGUCCGAUGCUGAACACCGUUUCGGCAUCCAGGCUCGCCUGAACCAAGUGGACACUAACUCGGUGCUCAAGCGACGCCGCUUGCGAGCCAAUGCCCGUUGCCGGACGCCGAACUGCUCGAGUGCCGAGACGCUGGCGCACGUUUUGAAUCAUUGUGCGCCCAAUAUGGGCGCAAUACGCCAGCGUCACGAUAGUGCACUCGAGCAGAUCGGUGCCAAGAUUCGGCAAGCGCUCGUUCGCACCAAGUCCGGCGCAGAGCUUCGCCUGAAUCAGACAGUCCCCGAGUACACUGGUGCAGCUCUGCGCCCUGACAUCGUGCUGCGCGAUGUGACCGCCAAGACCAUAUUUAUCGCUGACUUGGCGGUCACGUUUGAGGACCAUGCUGCUGGCGCCCGCCACUCCUCACUUCACAGCAGCCAUGACUUCAAGAUGCUAAAGUACAAGCCUAUUGCGGAUGAGAUGCGGUUGAAGGGGUGGCGAGUGCAGUCUGCAGCACUGAUUUAUGGCACGCUGGGAUCGGUGUAUCCCAGCAACUUCAAGACAUACACGGAGAUGCUGCAUCUGCUUAAGCGUGAAGCCCGGCAGCUGGAUCUUCAGCUGUCGAGCCACUGCAUACGAUCAGGCCACAAGAUAUGGAGCGGGCAUUGUCGUCUUCACCGUGAUCUACAGCGCAGUGGUGGUGCCUCGGGAGCACCGCGUGGGUCUGGGGGGACCCCGCGGAGCAGAUCGCGGACACAGGUACGGCGAUAA